UUCAUAAAAUAAACAACAAAUGGUUAUUAUUAACAUCAUCAUCAUCAUCAUUGUCAAUAUUUUCAAUAAUAUUAACCGGAUUAAAUACGACUACAAAGAAAAGGCCACCAUCAUCAUCAAUCGGUUGUAAUUAUUCAACUCAUUGUUGUUGUUGUUGUGAUUUAUCAUCAACGACGAUUGAUGAUAAUCAUCAACAUUAGUAGUAAUCGUAAUGGAACAUCAGGCUGUCUGUUAUUAUAUAUUAACCGGUAUUGCAAUCAUCAUUAUUUGUGGAUGGAUAUUCGUUUGGUUUAUGCAUUUUUUGGCAUUAUUUCAUGGUAAACGAGUAUUACAUAGAAAAAUCGAUACCGAUUCAAUAAAAGAAAUGUCAUUACCAGGCGUGUCCAUUAUAAAGCCUUUAGUUGGUAUUGAUCAAAAUCUUUAUUCAAAUAUGGAAACAUUUUUUCAACUAAAUUAUCCAAAAUUUGAGCUAUUAUUCUGUGUUCAAGAUGAAAAAGAUGCUGCCAUUAUUUGUGUUAAAAAUUUAAUACAAAAAUAUCCACAAAUCGAUGCAAGUCUAUUUAUCGGUGGCCUUAAAGUUGGUGUUAAUCCCAAGAUUAAUAAUAUGCAGCCAGCAUAUCAGGCAUCUAAACAUGAACUGAUACUUAUUUCGGAUGCCGGCAUUAGAAUGCAAAAUGAUACAUUAUUGGAUAUGGUUUGUGCCAUGAAAGAAGAUGUUGCACUUGUACAUCAGAUGCCAUUUGUUUGUGAUCGAAAAGGAUUUCCUGCCGUUCUGGAAAAAGUCUAUUUUGGUACGGCACAUGCACGAAUAUACCUCUCGGCUGAUUUUCUUAAAAUCAAUUGUCCAACCGGAAUGUCUGCAUUGAUGCGAAAAAAUUUACUUGAACAAGUGGGUGGUAUUGCAGCAUUUGGCCAAUAUUUAGCUGAAGAUUUUUUCUUUGCAAAAUCAUUCACUGAUAGAGGCUAUAAAUUGAAAAUUAGUACACAGCCAGCAUGGCAAAAUUCAUAUACAUCUGAUAUUGAAACGUUCCAGAAACGUAUUACAAGAUGGGCCAAAUUAAGGAUAGCCAUGAUACCACAUAUGAUAUUGUUGGAACCAUUAUCGGAAUGUUUUGUAUUAGGUGCAAUGGCAUCAUGGGCCAUUAGCUAUCUAAUACAGAUCGAUCCAUUUGCCAUAUAUUUGUUUCAUAUUUUAUUAUGGUUUCUAUUAGACUAUACACUUUUAUCAAUCAUUCAGAAUUCAACAUUAUCAUUUAGUAAAAUUGAUUUCGUCAUUGCAUGGCUUCUACGUGAAUUAUUUGCAUUAGUUUUAUUCACAAGAGCUUUAUGGGAACCAGAUAUACGAUGGCGUACAGGAACAUAUAAAUUAAAAUGGGGCGGUAUUGCUGAAGAGGUUAAACCUAAAUUAUAGCAGCAGCUUAUCUACUUCAAAAAACAAAAAUUUUUUCUCUCAAAUAAUAACAACAAUAAUGAAAAAAUAGCAAUGAUUGAUCAAGAAUUGUUUUCCAGAAUCCAUUUGUAAAUAAAUCAACCAACCAACCAAUCAUUCAUUCAUUCAUUCAAUCGAUCAAUCAAUCAAUCAAUCAACGCCUUGCACAUAUUAUGCACGAAAAUGCCCAGUGAUUUCAAUUGUUUUUUUUUACUUUCUGUUGUUGUUGUUGGUGGUGGUGGUAGUGGUGGUGGUGGUGGAUGAUGAUGAUGAUGAUGGGUGUGUAAAAUGAAUCUGUUCAUUAAUUUGUAUAAUAAUUAAUAAUAAUAUAUAAAUUUUAAAAUGAUUAAAGAUUUUAUUUUUAUUUUUUUA